UCAGCAAUUCAAAAGCAUAGCAAAUCACAUUAGUCGAUCUCGUUUAAGUUCGACUUCUGCCAUGGAUUUCCGAAUCCUCACCAGGAGAGAGCUCCAAGCUCUAUGCAAGAAGAACAAAAUUCAUGCGAACAUCACCAACGUUAGUUGCGAUGGCGCUUGAUCUCGUGGAAGCUAAGGUAUUGAAGAUUUCCUGAAACUGCAAUUUCAUCGGUUGCAAGUAUUGACUUGAAAACAGCAUCUGAUGAGGGGUUCAUUUGAAUUUGAGAAUCUAAACCUGGCCUGUUAAACAACGAAUUGAACUGAACUGAAAGUUGAUAUGCCUAAAAGCUCUGAAUUGAAGAACUAGCUAGCUACCAGUGACAACUCUGAUCUAACGCAAUCAUUGAAAAUAAUUUGACAUGCUACUGUCUAAAAAACUGGGAGGGAGAAGGGGAAGAGUUGAAUGAUGACAAAGCUAAGGAACUUGAUAGCUCAUUGGAUAUAUGUUGAACCUGCCAAUUUUGUGUUGGCUGAGAAUUCCACAAAUAAUGGGGCACAAGUGUUUUUGCUUGUCUAUGUUGUCGAUAUUCUGCUCAUGGGCAGUGAUUCAACUCUAUUGUUUGAUUUGUUGAAGCGUCUUGCAACAACCUUCAAGAUUCGAGAUCUCGGGACAUCGAGUUUCUUUCUCGGAAUUGAGACGGUUCCGCUAGAUGGGGGCUUUAUUCUUUCUCAACGCAAGUACAUGGUGGAUAUUCUUAAGCGGGCUGGUAUGGAGGUUUGUAAGCCUCUUGUUACGCCUGUUACGGCGGCCUGUUCUGGUGAGUCUUCUGAUGAUCCGUUUGACAAUCCUACUCAAUAUAGGCGUUUGGCGGGUGCCCUCCAGUAUUUGACUGUUACGCGCCUCGACUUGUCUUAUGCCGUUAACUGCCUUUAUCAGCAUAUGCACUCUCCCACUGUGGCGCACCCGCACUGGGUGCUUCUUAAGAUGGUUUUGCAGUAUGUUAAAGGCACUACUUAGUUUGGGCUGCGUCUUUGAGCUUCACCGUUGAUGUCGUUGCAUGCUUAUUCCGAUUCGGACUGGGCUAGUGAUUUGGUGGAUCGCAAGUCCACUUGUGGCUUUGCGGUCUAUCUUGGUUGUAAUCUGGUUUCGUGGGUCGCAAGCAACGCACAGUUGCUCGUUCGUCUACUAAGGCAAAAUAUAAAGGUCUGGCUAAUGUUGCUGCUGAAGUUACUUGGGUUGUAUCCCUUCUGAAUGAGAUUGGCUUACCCUUGCCUGGUCCUCUGUCGCUGUGGUGUGAUAACUUGGGUGCGACCUACCUCUGUGCCAACCCGGUCUUUCAUGCUAGCACGAAGCAUGUUGAGGUCAAUUAUCAUUUUGUCCGUGACAAGGUAGCCUCGGGUAAUCUCCAGGUUCAUUUUGUGUCUACGCAGGAUCAAAUUGUUGACAUCUUCAGUAAACCGUUGUCUGCUAAGCGGUUUGAGUCGUUGUGUGAAAGCUUGCAGAGGCGUAAUAGGACUCCUGUAGUUCAGUAUCACUAGGACUCUAUCUGUCCGUUAGAACCUCUGUAUUUGUAUAUACUUCUACGGCAUUACUAUUAUUGAAUACAAUCCAUUCACUCAUCCUCUUGAUACAAGAAUAGAACCGGAUGUAUAAAAGACGGCGUACAAUAAUGUUAAAAGGACACAAGAGAAGAGAAUAUAGCAUUCUUUUAAUGUUCUGAAGAGCCUGCUACAAAGUCUAUCUAUGACAACCAUAUCCCAACAA